CAAAUGAGUACAGGAUUAACUAAGAUGAAUCCUUAUAGUUAGAUGAAUCGUGUACAAUUAAGAAAUGGAAGUAUGGGACCUAAAGUGUAAGUAAAGAGAAGGUUGGAUUCAGAUUUAAAUUCAUCAUAAAUUACUCCUUCUUAGAAAGUAGGUUUUUUUUAGAUUUAGUAUACACCCACUAAUUUUGAGAGAUGCAAUAUAGAUAUGUAUGAGGAUAAGGUAAUGCAAUUAACGAUGAUGAAUAGUCUAAACCAUCAGAUUCAUCAAUGAAUUCAACUCAGUUGCGGAAAAGUCCUUCAUUUAGAAUGAAGAAUUAUCGACAUAUCACUCCAGGAGCUAGAGAUGAUAUUAGAAGAUAAACAAAUUUUUAAAGUUCUGUAAGAAUAUGUUGUAUGAAUCUUAAGGCAGGCUUUCAAAUAGAGAGUAAGUGCGAUGGAAUUACUAUAAUUUUAACUUGGGACUGAUGAUGAAUAAUAAUAAGUUAGACAUACAUAACCAAUUAAAAAGAUAAUGGCAACUCCAUCUUCAUCUAGUUAAACAACUUCUGUUCCAAAAUAUAAUAUAGAUUAAACAAUAUUAGAAGAUAAUAAAGAUGCUAAUUUAGAAGAAGUUCAUUUUUUUUAAGUUGAAAUGCAAUAAUAGUAUAAACGAUGGUUAGAGAAUAUAGAGAAGAAGUUAAAAAAAUGA